UUCUGAGAGAAUUCACCACCAUCUGCUCUACACUCAUCUUAUAUAUAGCUAUCACCCCUCUCCAAAGCAGCAUUGUAACAGAGAAAGAAACAUUUGAGCAAAAAUGGUUCAAGCACAGCCUCUACAACAUGUUGGUAAUGGUGCAGGGAAAGAAGAUCAAGCUUAUUUUGAUCCAAGUGCUCCACCACCCUUCAAGAUUGCAAAUAUCAGAGCAGCAAUUCCAAAACAUUGCUGGGAGAAGAACACAUUGAGAUCUCUGAGUUAUGUUCUGAGGGAUGUGUUGGUAGUGACUGCAUUGGUAGCUGCAGCAAUCGGCUUCAAUAGCUGGUUCUUCUGGCCACUCUAUUGGCCUGCACAAGGCACAAUGUUUUGGGCACUUUUUGUUCUUGGACAUGAUUGUGGUCAUGGAAGUUUUUCAAACAGUCCUUUGUUGAACAGCAUUGUGGGCCACAUCUUGCACUCUUCAAUUCUUGUACCAUACCAUGGAUGGAGAAUUAGCCACAGGACUCACCAUCAGAACCAUGGCCAUGUUGAGAAGGAUGAAUCAUGGGUUCCGCUUACAGAGAAAGUUUACAAGAAUCUAGACAACAUGACAAGAAUGAUGAGAUUCACUCUUCCUUUCCCCAUCUUUGCAUACCCCUUUUAUUUGUGGAGCAGAAGCCCUGGAAAAGAAGGCUCUCAUUUCAACCCUUACAGCAACUUGUUCUCUCCUGGUGAGAGAAGAGAUGUGCUAACUUCAACUCUGUGUUGGGGCAUCAUGCUUUCUGUGCUUCUCUAUCUUUCCCUCACAAUGGGUCCACUUUUUAUGCUCAAGCUCUAUGGGGUUCCCUAUUUGAUCUUCGUCAUGUGGCUGGAUUUCGUCACGUACUUGCAUCAUCAUGGUUACAAGCAGAAACUGCCUUGGUACCGUGGCCAGGAAUGGAGUUAUCUAAGGGGUGGUCUUACAACAGUAGAUCGCGACUAUGGUUGGAUCAACAACAUUCACCAUGACAUUGGCACCCAUGUUAUCCAUCACCUUUUCCCUCAAAUUCCACAUUAUCAUUUAAUCGAUGCGACUAAAGCAGCAAAGGCAGUGCUAGGAAAGUAUUAUCGUGAGCCUCAGAAAUCUGGGCCAUUGCCACUUCAUCUAAUAAAGUACUUGCUCCACAGCAUAAGUCAGGAUCACUUCGUUAGCGACUCUGGCGACAUUGUGUACUACCAGACUGAUUCCCAGCUCCACAAAGAUUCUUGGACCCAGUCCAACUAAAGUUUUUGAUGCUACAUUUACCUAUUUCACUCUUAAAUACUAUUUCCUAUGUAAUAUGUAAUUUAGAAUAUGUUACCUACUCAAAUCAAUUAGGUGACAUGUAUAAGCUUUCAUAAAUUAUGCUAGAAAUGCACUUACUUUUCAAAGCAUGCUAUGUUAGAAUUGAAUCUACUUUUCAAUACCCAGAUCAUCAAUUAGUUGA